GCUCUGAUUUGCAAUUAUUUGCGGUGGGCAACUGAUUUGACUAGGACGGGGCCUCGGAAGGCAGGUUUCCAGCUUGCCAAGCUUGCCAGCCAUAGGAGGCGGAGUGGGCUGUGCUGUAGUCGAGAUACGCCGCUACCGACGCCGCUUGACUACCAGGCACCGCAAGAGAUACGACACCAGACCAGACGUUGGCUGUGCCCGUCGCCAGUAUUUCUCGUGCCAAUCGCCACACCAUCAAUUCCCUCGCGCCUCGACAUCGCCCACAUCGCCCUCGCCUCGCCUCGCCUCGCCUCCCCAUAGGAUCGUCAUCUACCCGGUUAGAAGGGUCCGCCGGUCUUCCACGUGCGCCAGAGGUGGCAUACUCCAACUUCCUGCCGCCACUCGUCUUGAUCUUGCCCAAUUCGAGCGACAACAUCUUGCAGACCGACAGCAGACAUCAUGUCGUGGAAAUUGACCAAAAAACUCAAGGAGACCCAUCUCGGCGCUCCCUUCUCCAACACCUUCUCCCGCUCAUCCUCACAAUCCACCAUCGUCGACCAGCCGCAGAAGUCGCCCUCGGCGACAGCCACCCCAGGAACUUCGACGCCGCUUUCGCAGACGACCACCGCCUCCAAUGGCUCCGACCCGCAGGGCAUUCAGGCCUCCGAGCAAAUGGCCACCGCCAUUGCCGCACCCGCGAAACCUGGCAUCUUGAUCCUGACGCUGCACGAGGGUAAGGGGUUCAGCUUACCGCCAGAGGCCGAACAAAUGUUUGCACAGCGACCAGGCCAUGGCGCCAGUAUGAGCACAGGAUCAUUUGCGGGGAGCUAUAUGGGCAACAGUGCACGUCCAGGGUCAAGUGCUGCUCAGGGAGGCUUCAGACCGACGUCUGCCAGUGGCGGUGGCAUCAAUAACAUGCCCUCGGUACACGGUCGAUACAGCAGCAAAUACUUGCCAUAUGCCCUUGUGGACUUCGACAAACAGCAGGUCUUCGUCAAUUCUGUCUCAGGCACACCCGAGAGCCCAGUCUGGGCGGGGGAGAGCACGCAGUACAAGUUUGAUGUCAGUCGAUCGACUGAAAUGAACAUCUCCUUGUACAUCCGUAACCCAAGUGCACCUGCAAAUUCUGGAAGAGCUCGAGAUAUCUUCAUUGGCACAGUUCGCAUCACCCCUACUUUCAGCGAAGACGCACAAUCUGGAGCAACGCAGCCAGCCUCAAGUUCAGACGGAAAGAGCAGCAAAAAGGACAAAACGAUGCCACCACCUCAGCAGUCGACCAAUGGUCAAGUAUCUGGUGUCAACUGGCACGAAAUACAAUUUGGCACAGGUAGCAUCCGAAUUGGCGUCAAGUUUGUCGAGAACCGACAGCGAUCUCUCAAGGUGGAGGACUUUGAAUUGCUCAAGGUCGUUGGCAAAGGCAGCUUCGGCAAGGUUAUGCAGGUGAUGAAGAAGGAUACUAACCGUAUCUACGCCCUCAAGACCAUUCGCAAGCAGCACAUCAUCUCAAGAUCCGAAGUCGCGCACACGCUUGCAGAACGAUCGGUCCUCGCGCAAAUCAACAAUCCUUUCAUCGUGCCACUGAAGUUCUCCUUCCAAUCGCCCGACAAGCUCUAUCUCGUGCUAGCAUUCGUCAACGGCGGAGAACUCUUCCACCACCUGCAAAAGGAACAGCGCUUCGACAUCAACCGAUCACGAUUCUAUGCGGCCGAGCUCCUAUGCGCAUUAGAAUGCCUACACGGCUUUGGCGUCAUUUACCGUGAUCUGAAGCCCGAAAACAUUCUUGUCGACUAUGUGGGCCAUAUUGCACUUUGUGACUUUGGCUUGUGCAAGCUGGACAUGAAGGACGAAGACAAGACCAACACUUUCUGUGGAACACCCGAGUACUUGGCACCAGAAUUGCUCCACGGCCAAGGAUAUACCAAGGCGGUGGAUUGGUGGACACUCGGAGUACUGCUGUACGAGAUGUUGACUGGACUACCCCCAUUCUACGACGAGAACACGAACGAGAUGUACCGCAAGAUUCUAUCGGAACCGCUGCAUUUCCCCGGACCUGAGAUUGUGCCUCCAGCUGCACGAGACCUACUGCAAAAGCUUCUUGAUCGCGAUGCAACGAGGAGACUGGGCACCAAUGGCGCUGCGGAGAUCAAGGCGCAUCCAUUCUUCCACAGCAUAGAUUGGCGCAAGCUUCUCGAUCGGAAAUAUGAGCCCAGCUUCAAGCCCAGCGUGGUUGAUGAGCUCGACACUGCCAACUUCGACAAGGAGUUCACGUCGGAAGCACCUACGGACAGCUAUGUAGAUGGGCCUAUGCUGUCGCAAACGAUGCAGCAGCAGUUCGCAGGAUGGUCGUACAACCGUCCUGUUGAAGGCCUUGGAGAUGCAGGAGGAAGUAUCGCGCGUGGCAAUGCAUUCGAUCAGAGGUAGAAAGGCUGUUCGUGUAGGACAAGGAAGAGGAAAGCGAAAAAGGCGCGGAUUCGAAUCAUACACGAGAAGUUCCCGCAAGCGCUGUGAUUUGCAUGGCCGAGCAGCAGCUGUGGGCGGAAGUCGACGGAACCAUUACUCAUCUGCGAUGGGCGUAUGGGAGGCAUUUGUGGUUAGUAAGGUACUCUUCUAGACGGCCGCGAAGCCAGCGUAGCUAGGUGAAAAGUCGGCAGCGAUUUUGGCGUCCAGCAGGCAUCUGGGGCACUGAAGAAAUGCGAAAGCAAGCAUUGGAAUAUUCUAUCUUG